AAAGUCCAGUACCCGUCGCAACAAUCCCUGUGCUCGUCUCUAUUUAACUGACAGUGAGACAGUCUACUUUGAUCGUUGUGCGUCGGAGGUUUGGUUUGUGUAGAGUGUGUAGUUUGUCAAUCCCAUCUUUUCGUUCUCGAGUUUGUGUGUGCGAAAACUGUUCCGGAACCGUACGGCGUUUGUCUUCGUGCAACAACAACACCACCAACAACAACAACAAAACACACAUACAGUGCGUUUGUAAAAUUGGUGUGUGACUUUAAUCGCAAAGUCCCUUUUCUCUGGUACACACUCUUCUUCAGACUCGACGGUAUGACGGAUGCACCACGCGAUAUGGGACGGAUCUUUCAGGACCGGCGGCGUGCAGCGGCGCUCUCCAACCCUCGCAACCCCACACCUGCGGUAGUCCCCACCCACGCUUCUUCCACGAGUCGGACACCACCACCACAACCAUCACCACUUCCCAGUCUACUCGACAUUCAAGCCGAACAACAACAACAACAACAACAACAACCAGUGCGGGGAACCCGUGGAGGACGCGCGGACGGCAACGGCAAUCGUUACAACUCCGGAGGCCCCUCGCAACACCGAUCCGAACGGGGCAACCGCCGCACAACCCACCGCGGACCCGAUCAUUCACGACUCCCUCUGGAACAAGGCGUCAUUUGCUCACUCCGGGACAAUUUUGGAUUCAUUCGUUGUGCCGAACGACCGGAAGAAAUCUUUUUUCACUAUUCGGCACUCCACGACGCUACCGCGCAUCCGGAUGAUUUGCAAAUCGACACGGAAGUCCAGUUUCGGGUGGGUUCGUCCGCCCGGGAUGCCGACAAGCUGGCCGCCUUGGACGUGUGCGUCUUGGAGCCCGGUACAGUGGUGUGGGAAACGGAAGACACUCCCGGACAGCGCUUUACCGGGAUUGUGGAACGUCCCGUGCGCACCGAUCGAGCCGGGGACCGCCACCACAACCGCAACAGCGGCAAAUCCAGUGCCGUCAGCACGGAUGGUACUAUUCGGGUGCUCGUUCCACCGGAGCGAACGGCUUCGGUGGAAAAUGAAUCGGUGGAACCGGCGGAACCGGCCCCAGUCGAGGCGAUCACGGCCAAAGCCGAAGGCCCCUUGUUGCGCUUUACGCUAGACGACUACGGACAAACACCCGGCGCCGUCGAAUCCUCCGCCAACAGUGGCGACGUCCGCAAUACGCGCCGGUCCACUCGAUUGUCACGAGGAGAUUUGGUGGAGUUCUCCAUGGUCACGGAUCGGCGGACCAAGGACCAAUUUGCUCGCAACAUUACGCUGAUCUUGUCGGAAAAGGAACGAGCAGGACAAGAAGCGGAAAAACGCAUGUUGGACGAAGCCACGGAAGAGCACGGCGUCGUCACGUCUCUGAAAGGAGAUUACGGAUUCCUAAAGAGUAACAAACGUCGCGAACAGGUAUACUUCCACUAUUCCAGUAUACAUUUGUCCGAUGAUGAAGACGGCGAUGGAGCCGACGACGAAGACUUUGUCCUCAAAGAGGGACAAGAGAUGAAGUUUCUCGUGGUGCAGGACGACCGCGAAGGAUCGAAUAGACCCUCGCAGCGACGUAUUAGUGCUCGCAAGGUCAAGGCGCAGCCGCGAGGGAGUGUCAAGUUUCACGAUGUGCUGGCUACUGGAAUGACUGGUGUAGUGACCAUGUGUCCGCAACCGGUCGAUUCAGGCCACUCUUUGGAACAGCGCGGCCGUGUACGUCUCGCACAACCGAUCCAUGACGUGGACGAGGAAGGAAACGAACGGGUGAUCCAGGAGGUCUACUUGACUUCGCAUGAGUCUCCCGGGGGAACUUAUUCCUUCCACUCUGGGGCUGAUGUGGGGGUUUGGAUCUCGAUCGGUGACACGUUACUGUUCGACGUAUGGCGAGACUUUGUGGACGAAGGCGCCUGUCAUGCGGCACCGACACAAUUUCUGACACCAUCCGAUCAUCCUUUGAAUAUCGGAAGUGCCACUUCCGACGAAUAUUUGGACAACGAAUCUGCCGAUAUCGAUCCCAAGCGUGCGGUCCGUCUCAUUAACAUGUCACUGGCCAUGCGAGCGGAGGGCGUCGUGAACGCAGUGAAGGAAGGAUACGGGUUCAUCCACUUUGCCGAGCGCCCGGUGGAUGUGCACUUUAAGCUUUACCAGAUGCUGCCGGACGAGCUUCAAGUUGAUCUACGACGGAAUAUGGGACUAUCGGAAAUAGAUGAACACGGGAGUCCGUUACGGCUCGAACCAGGGGUCGAGGUUCAUUUUGAUCUUUCAAUACACGGAAACAUCAAUUCGCACGCUACGUCGAGACAUCACCGUAGCCGCCAAUCGUCGCAGCCCCACGAACGGGAGAACAUGAAAGCGCAGCGAGUUUUGCUUCUGCCACCGAACACCGUGGUGCUCAAAAAAGUUCUCACCAUGGAUGCAGAAGGCGUCAUCAGCAAGGAAGACAUGAAGCAACCGUAUGCUGGUGCUGUGGACCUCGAGGAAGCCGUUAACCCCAUGACAACGGACGAACGUCAUCCGAUGGUGGCCAAAUUAAUCGAUGAAUAUCUAGCCAGCGACAUAGAAACACCGAUCGUAUUCCGUGAUAUUCAGAGCGUAAAGGAAGAUGAGGUUUUGCUUGAACUGAUCGAGCAAAAGGCAAAAGGAGCACUGAAUUUGACACACAUUAAACAGUCCGGCGAACCCAGUUACGAAGGUCGAGUCUGUAUAAGCAAAGUGAUCGCUGAACCAACCAAGGCAAACGAAGAGACGCCUUCCUAUGCCGACGAGAAAAAGGAUGUGAAAGAGCUCGAUACGGACGGCGCUGACGAAAGUGGAAAGGGGAAUACAAAGCCGGGUCUACCACCGGUCAAAGGUAGAACGAAGGGGGCUCCAAAAGCAUUCAAGAGUUUACGCUUCGAUAAAAGUAGUCUGUCUUUAGAGCUAAGGGAUGAUCUUCCUCCGUCUCUGGAUGACCGGGUCACGCUUGACGUGGUUCAAUCUCGAAGGACCGGGCAGUGUGUGCUCGAAAAUAUCCGUGUAGUGGAACGACAUAUUUCAGAAAUAUCGGUGACUGAGGCUACAGGGCUUGGUGUCGUGCACGAAGUCGUUCCUGCCCGACAAUUUGGUUUCAUUUCUGUGUUGGAUGAUAACGCGGCGAAGCGAGAGAUUCUCUUCUUCAAUCUCUCGAGCGUCCUCGGUGCCAGCCCGGAGACUGAAUCUACGGCUCCGGCCAAUAAGAAGAAAGCAUUGAUCCGCAAAGGCGACGAAGUCAAAUUUGAUAUCGGGACAGAAAAAAACGGUAAGCGUGUCGCUUUGAACGUUACAGUUUUACCCAAGGAAACGAUUUCGAGUAAGCCUGAUCCCAACGCCUGCAAGGGGAUCAUUUUGCUCCAACCUGCCUACACGACGCUUAAGAAUACGCCGAUUCGGCACGCCAGCUCGGCAGUUUCUCAGGAAGGCGGCAAGCCAGGACGAUGGGAUUCAAUAGACGAGGACCGGAAAAAACCGUCAGUUACCGAACCCGUCACCGAACAAGGGUGCAUUUUGCUGUUGGAAGACCCUCUCCAUAUGUUUGGCGUAAAGGCUGGAGCGGCAGUCGCUAACGAAAGCGGGGACAAGGCUGACGGAUCGUCACCACUUCUUUCCACUUUACGGUACAAGAAGGGCGCGUUGGCUGCUCAAGGCGCGGGUUCGUCUUUGGCAGUCGACCAGUCGUCGCAUCCGCGUCGUGGGGAUCUCGUAUCGUUUGUCCCAUCCAAAAACGGUAAAGGUUUGCGUGACGUUCGAGUCUUGGUGAGUGGCCAAGCCACGUUGAUGCGGGGCCGGCUCCAGGAUUUGAAUUUCGCGGCAGGCACGGCUGAUUUCUACGCCGCCAAUGAAGAUGAGGACAAAUACCCGGUUGAACUAGCACAAAUCGUGGGCUGUAAGCUUUCCGUGUUGAAGGAAGACGAAGCGGUCGAAGGAAUUCUUCACGAAGGAAAAUUGUACGGACUGUGCCGGACAACUGAUCUGUAUUUGGAGUCAAAACUGGCGGGAGAUCGAGAGUAGGUUUUUGCUAGCCAGAAAGUGUGGGCAGCCAAGCCACUCUAAAUAGUAUUUCUCCGAUGGUGUUAUCCC